UUUGGAAUUUGAGGCAGUAUUUUUCAGAGGAAAAAUGUAUUGUAACCCAGAAAGUAUGAUGCGUAAUGUUAUGUACGAAUUUACAUUACGUUUAGCAAAUAGGAUUUGAUGGCACGUCAUAAGCAUUUCAGAAAACUAAAGUCAUGUAGUCUGCUUUUGGCAGUCGGGCAUGGUAAAUUUUGUGAACAUAAAAUGUAACUAAGGAACUUCAAACAAAACAACACAAAAAACAGCUGAGAUCGUGUACUUUGGAAUUAACUGUUCAAGAAGAUAUGAGUGGACACGAACACAUCCGCGUAAAGUGAACUACAAUGAUGUAAAGAUACUUUCUUGUUGCAAAUUGACAGCACUGUGAUCGUGAAAAGAAGAAGAAGAAGAGUAAUUAGCAAGAUGGAUGAGCUGCUUAUAUUUACAUUUCGUUUGGAAACAAACUGUGAAGCCAUUUCCAUCGCAUCAUAUGCAUAAAUACGACCGCUACAUUGGAAACGAUAUGGGAAUUAUUCAAAUUUAAUAUUUUGUGUAUCAUAAAAAGGAUUUCGAAUUGGGUGGUUUGUGAGCGAUGAUGGCACAAGGAAUUAACAAAGAUAAACAUAUUUUCUUAAAACUGAAAUCCUCGUCUUCCUCCAUUGCAUAUGAUGGCCUUGUGGGAAUAAGAUCAAAUAUAAUGAAAACUAAAGAAGGAUGUAAGAUACUCAAGGAAAAUAACAUUUUAAACGAACUUGUGAAUUUCUUGCGUAAGCCAAAUGAGAAGAUCCUUGAUGUGACUCUGAGUAUUUUGGGCAAUUGCUGUUUAGACAAUGACUGCAGGAACGAAGUAGUCAGUUAUGGAAUUGUGAGUCCACUUGCCUCAAUCAUCCACAAUAUUUCAAGAGACAGUAUUCAGUGUCGAGCCUGCCGUUUGGUUGGGAACUUGGCCCAAGAACUUUGCUUUGCUGAGCAGCUACACAAUGAAAAUAUUACACCUUCCAUUGUUGCAUUGCUGGAUACGGAUUCUGGUAGUUCAAUUGCUACGAGACAGAUGGCGGUACGAGCCCUCAGAAUGCUGUGGAAAGUGACAAGUCAGAGAGAGAAGAUGUUGAACUGCCGUGUGGUGCACGCUGUUGCUCUGCUUCUGCCAGGCAAUCAGGAGAGCGUAGGCGAACAGCACUUGUUGCUGGAAGUCGUUAAAGCCCUGGCAGCAUUUACCAGCUGCUGUUCUGAAGAAUGUGCUCAGCAGGUUCAGGGAAGUGGCUCAGGCUUCCAACAUCUGAUGUCCCUGGUUGCAUACCCUAGCCUGAAAUAUUUGGCACUGGAAUGCAUAUGCAAUCUGUGUCACGCGACCAGUUCCCGACCAGCUUUGGGCAACGUUGGGACCGUGAAAAUCGUAAUCAGGGAACUCUCCUGUCAUCAGCAGGACAGUACAGAAUUUCAUACUGAAAUGGUGCUGGCACUGUGUAACCUGUGUCGUGAAUCUGUGAAUCGUGCCAAGAUACGGCACGGAGGCGGAUUGCCAUUGAUGCUCAGGAUUAUUCGUAACUCCUCGGUGGCGUCACUGCGGUCUUCUGUUGUUAAUGCUCUUGUACAAUUCAUGUAUGAUGAGAAAAGUUUGCAGGAGUUGCUUGGAGAGGGCCUAGUUUCCACAUUAAUCUGUAAAAUUACAGAUUUUGUAAAGGAAAAUGGGAGAGCACAUAGCAAAAGCAUUGUACACGAGGAAUCGGCGAAGGAUUCAGUAAAAGACGGCAGUUGCAAUGAUAAUGUAGACUCUGCUUCUGAUACCAGAAGACACCUGUCUCCAAUACUCAGAAGCAGCUGUACCUCGUCUGGUCUGAAUCGUGCAGACAGGGAGCCGCAGUCGUCGAGACGGAGGUUCCGAGCAAACAGCCCCAGCUACCAAGCUGUAGUCAAGGAACAAGUCCACACGGCCAGGCACUGCAGAGAGCCGAGCCCCGAUUACUGUGCGUCUGGUGACUGGAGCCCAGGGAGCCCAAGUAGUAUGUGCUUCUCUCCUGAUGCUUCUCCCCCGCAGUGGAGGAAGCAGGCUGCCUGCCCUUCUGUAGGCUCGGCCUCUGACGGAUUGUCUCCUCCAUCUUCUCCUCCCACCUCAUACUCGGAAGUUUUUGAAGAUGUGGAUUAUCCAGAAGCAUAUUCUCCAAUUUGCUGUGACCCUGGUGAUGUUGAUGAUAAUGGGGAAAAUGAGCAUGAGCCGCGUCCCCGGGAAGAAGAAGAAGAUGAUGAUGAUGAUGAUGAUGAUGAAUUAGCAGCCUGCUUUGUAUCGGGGGACACAAGUGAGGAUAGAAACAGUGAGCAUGUUGCACUGAGCCCAGAUUCAAAACGGUCAGUUGAGGACAGCAAACAUCUCUGUGAUGGCGAAUUGGAUGCAGCGUUGAUUUUGCUCUCCAGAGUCUCACACAUGGAUAGCCCUGUGGAGGAGUUGGCAGCUCAUUCCACAUUUGCCACCUUGAUAGCUUACGUUACUCUAAUCAGGGAUCCGCAUCCGAGAGCAUCAAGAAUAUUAUUUCGUAUAAUCAGGAACCACCACUACUUCAUGUCGCUUCUUCUGCAUCGGUUUGUACCAACUGUACAGUCUCAUCUCUGCCAACCACAGCACUCUGCAUGCUGGCUUUGCAGCGAGUUCAAGUCGAUUGGACUGUCAUUAUUGUCUCAGAUCACAAUGUUGGCCCACUCUGGAUUUGGUGAAGGUGAAUUGGCCCAUCAUCUUCUGAAAGGGGAGGUGUUGGUUCAGAGGUUACUGGCAGUGUCUGUUCCACAUAUUGUAAGGACUCAGCGGAUCCUGUGGAAGCUUUUGGUGGAGUGUGAUGCACUGAGAACAUUGGUACACAUGUUAGAUGAUGGCGUUACCGGGGAUGAUGGCCUUAGGAAGCACGUGCCAGUGAGCCUGACACUAGUUGCUGGUGCACUGGAUGUUGCAAAUCCCUGUCACCACACCAAAGGAAUUCAUGACCAUGAUAAGUGCCCAGAUAAUAUGGAUGAAACAGGUUCUGGAAGUUUUGUAAUACCAAGUGGUACAGAGGCUUCAGAUGAUGUGGUAUUCCUGUUGCUAGAUGAUGGCACCACUAUUCAGGUUAGCAAGAUGCAGCUCUGUUUGCGGUCGCCAGUGUUCGAAGCUAUGUUCAGAGGCGAUUUCAGAGAAUCAAAUGAGGAGUGUGUGCCACUUCCUGGAAUUUCACGUCAUUGUCUUCUCGGUCUUCUUCGGAUAUUGAAGUUGGGAGGCGUUCCUUCGGGCGUCCCCGAUAUUGAUCUAACUACAUCAUUAGAACUUGUUGCUGUGUUGGAUCGGUUCUUGAUACCCGGUAGUGAGCGGCUGACUGAUAUGAUUGUGGGUAAAUUCAUGUCUCACAGGACAGCAGUUGAUAUCUACAUCAGGUGUAUGGAAGCUGGAGAUGUUUCUCAUUUCCACAGCUUACGUUAUGACACAGUGAGGUUUGUGCUUACUUCAGAUGCAGCACCUAGCAAGACUGAGAAGAUAUUCGAGGACCUUCUGCAAUGCCCGUACAGGAAACAAGUAUUAACGGACAUUACGGAUAUUCUCCAAGAAAGGUUAAAUCACAUUCCCUGUAAACCAUCUAGAAUUGCAUUGCUAAAAAAAUCAUUGUAAAUAUCAGUGAAAAAUAUAUGUGGGUGUAUUCAGUAAAUUUCCAGAACUGCUUUGUAGUUUAUCCUGUAAAUACCACAAUUUAUUGUGUAUGCAUUCUGCCUUUUUACUAGGCAUUUUAAUUGUUUGUAAUAAGAGUCUAACCCAGUUUUUCAGUGUCUCUGUUACUUCUGUGGUGAUACAUCUGGCUCAUAUGACACUUGCCAUUUAAAUGUGUGUGUUUUGCGUAAAAGGAUCAGUGUUAAUUUUCCAAACUUGUGUUGAGUGAUUGUCAUGUGCCAUGUGGCAUGUCAUGAGAGUUGGUGUGUUUCUUGUAAGGCUUUGAUACGUGCCUCUUCCUGUAGUUCCUAUGAAAACACCUUUCCUUACUUUUCUCCAGUUACUGUAUGUCCGGAUUGUGAACAGAGGAUAGCUGAGUGAGAAAAGCGACUGGCCCAGGUAAUUGAAAACUUACUCUCUCUGUAAGUGAUUAAAAAAAUGUGUAAUUGUGAUGCCCUAAAAUGAAUUUUGUAUAUUAAUUGCAGUAUAAGAAGUAUUCUUAUGUUGGUUAUACUUGAUACUGUUUGUUGUUUUUUGGUAAAAUCUGGUACCGAAACUUUUGCCAAAAGUAUUUAGGUUAUGUUGACUUCUGUUUGACACUGAGCGUCAAAGGAUAAUAAUGUUCUGUGGAUGGAAAAUGCUGAAUGCGCUUUAUGUUGCUUCUUGUGCAGCUUCGGAUUCUUUUUAUUCUAGUCUGACAGUUGGUGUCUUUUCCAUUGGUGAAAAUAAUAUGUUGCAGGAAAAUGUACUGAGCCUCAACAUUUUUCUGAUUUGUAUAAUGCCCACUUACUCAUUGUUACAGAGUUAAGUCUAAUGAUUUCAAUGAUUUAAGUCAUAAAUAUGUAUGCUCUCAUAUUCUUUGGAUCACACUGCAGAUUUUUGUUUGUUCCAAUAUUGAAAAUGGGUCGUUGAAGAAUGGAAAAGUUUUUUGUGAAUUUGUGUGGUCAGUACUGCGAGAGGAAACCCAGUGCUUUGUCGGCAGGUGCCCUUGGAGAAUGGCGGUUGCAUUAUAGGACACAGUUUGUAUAGCGUGCAUUGUGCACAUUUCAUCUAUAGAAUAUUUAUUCGAUUUCAUUUUUAAGACAUUUCUGUUAUACUAGGUGUAGUAACAGAUGCUUAUGUUAUUAAUUUUAGUAUUUUGAUAGUUUAUUUAACAUGUUGCACAUUAAUAUAACUUUCAGACUUUAAGAUUGAAAUGAAAAAUAAUGGUGAGAAUGAAAAAUAAUUUAUUAUUAAAGAAAGGUUUCUGUUCUGAGAUAUAGAAUAUGACUGAAAGACAUAAAAAUUGUAUUGUCAAAUUAUUUACUGGUGAAUAAAUAUGUAUUCGGUAUGCAA